AUGCAAUCGAUCCUGCUCAUAAGGAAAACAGAAACGGCUCUCAGAUUGUACCUCUCGACCCUACUCUCUCGACAGCUGAAGCGACGAAGGCCCCUCACAUGCUUAGGAGGGAGGGAGCUUCAUGGACACCAGAUCAACAAUUGACAAUACUAAUGAAUCCGAAAGGUCAGAUCACAUCAAAAACAUUUGCUGGUAAAGAUAUCCUUCUAACUGGCGCCGGUCCGAAUUCAAUUGGCAUCGCCCUUCUUCAAUCGCUUCUCCAAGGAGGAGCUAGGGUUCUAGUAACAACCAGUAGAGUCAUGCCUGAAGCCGGUCCCAUUUACCAAAAAAUAUUCGCAAGAUAUGGAGCUCCUGGUUCAAGACUCGUCGUACUCCCUUGCAAUCAGGGGAGCAAGCAAGACAUCGAGAACUUGAUCGCCCACAUAUAUGACCCCGUCAAUGGCCUAGGAUGGGAUCUCGAUUUUAUUGUCCCGUUCGCGGCACUACCCGAAAAAGGUCGUGAAAUCGAUAACAUCGAUUCGAAAUCCGAGCUUGCGCAUAGGGCUAUGUUAACGAACGUCCUAAGAAUCAUGGGCGCUGUUAAGAUCGCCAAGGAAUCGAGGGGAUCUCGAACUAGGCCGGCGCAGGUCUUAUUACCACUUUCUCCCAAUCAUGGUACUUUCGGCAACGAUGGUCUAUACUCUGAAUCUAAGAUUGGCUUAAUGACGCUGUUGAACAAGUGGUCUUCUGAGAGCUGGAGCGAUUAUUUAUGCCUCUGCGGCGUGAUUAUCGGUUGGACUCGGGGCACUGGCUUGAUGGCGGCUAACGAUGUAAUUGCGGAAGAAAUCACCAAGCGUGGUGUAACCACCUUUUCCACCGAGGAAAUGGGUAGAUUUAUCAUAGGCCUUAUGUCUGACCCCGUGGUAUCAAUCUGCCAGACUGAAUGCCUUUUGGCAGAUUUAAGCGGAAGUAUGGGCAGCGACCCUGAAUUAGCAAAGUUCAUUGCGGGAGUAAGGAAUUCCAUGCGCCAGGAUGAAGAAAUCCGGAGGGCUCUUGCCGACGAAGAAGCUCUUGAUGAGAGCGCGAUUCUAGGCAAGGCCGUUGCAGGACCACAAGCAAAUUCGACACUACCUAGACCACCUUUAGUUGAUAUCGACCUAGGCUUCCCGACACUUCCAGACUAUAGUACCAAGUUAAAGUCCUUGAACUUCAAGCUGGAUGAUAUGGUUGAUCUGGAAUCAGUCGUGGUCGUGGUCGGCUUUGCUGAAAUCGGACCCUGGGGUAACUCCCGGACAAGAUGGGAGAUGGAACUCAAGGGUGAACUCUCAAUUCAAGGAUGCAUUGAAUUGGCUUGGAUGACUGGGCUAAUCAAGCAUAACCCGAAACCAACCCCUUCGGCUGCAUGGAUCGAUGCAGCUACCGGCGCCCCCGUUCACGACCACGAGGUGAAAGCAAAAUAUGAAAAACAGAUCCUAGAACACACUGGAUUGAGACUCAUUGAACCAAGCUCCUUAGAUCAUCCCAACAGAGAUAGCAAGCAAUUCCUUCAGGAAGUCAUCGUCCAACAUGAUCUCGAACCAUUUAAUGCAUCAUUCGACACAGCCAUGGAAUUCGUGCGCGAACACGGGGACAAAGUCGAAAUCAAGCAAAUCGCAAAAAGCGACCAAUUCUCAGUACGCUUCCGAAAAGGCGCCACCUUGAUGGUCCCAAAAGCCAGAAUUUUCGACAGAAUCGUAGGCGGUCAGCUUCCGACCGGAUGGGAUCCGACGGUCUACGGACUUCCGCAGGACCUGUGCGACAGCGUAGAUCGCUGCACACAAAUGGCUCUAGUAUGCGCUGCUGAGACAUUUCUCUCUGCAGGUAUCACAGAUGUAUACGAACUAUACAAAACAAUCCACGUCUCCGAGCUCGCCAAUUGCGUCGGCUCAGGUAUGGGUGGAGGGCAAUCGCUUCAAAAACUGUACCGCCAGCGCUUCCUCGAUCGACCUGUGCAAAGCGAUAUUCUCGCCGAAGUAUUUAUUAACACAACGGGCGCAUGGCUCAACAUGCUUCUCAUGUCCUCCGCGGGACCCACACGAACUCCCGUGGGGGCUUGCGCCACGGCGCUUGAGUCGCUGAAUCAAGGAUUCGACCUGAUUACCAGCGGGGGCGCCAAGUUUUGUUUAGUGGGUGGCUUCGACGACAUGACGCAGGACACGUCGGCGGAGUUCGCGAAUAUGAAAGCCACGAAUAAUAGCAUGGCAGAUCUAGCCCGAGGCCGUGCACCGCAUGAGACCUCGCGCCCAUGUGCAUCGUCCAGAAAGGGGUUCGUUGAGUCGGAGGGGUGCGGUAUGCAAUUACUUACCAGCGCCAAGCUCGCUUUAGAGUUGGGACUGCCUAUCCGAUCUAUCGUGGCGCAUGUACAAACCGCGAGCGAUGGCACUGGUCGAUCAGUUCCGGCCCCUGGGAAGGGCAUCAUGGUUAAUGUCCGCGAGAAUUCUAGCCUCGGAUCAUCUCCACUUCUCGAUAUCGACUAUAGAAGAAAACUCCUCGAACACUCCCUAAAAUCAAUCCGCGAACGCCAGGAACUCUUCAACCUGCACCCACAUGCAGAUCCCACCACAUCAUCAGAACAAGACGAACUCACCCUCGCCACACAGCGCGAAGAAAAAGAAGCCCGCCGGCGUUUCGGCAACUUUUUCUACACCCACGACCCCCGCAUCUCGCCCCUCCGCGGCGCCCUCUCCGUCUGGAACCUAUCCGCCGACGACAUCACCGUAGUCUCGCUACACGGGACCUCAACCGAUCUAAACGAAAAAAACGAAGUCGAAGUCCUGCACCGGCAACUCACGCAUCUAGGCCGCACACCCGGCAACGCCGCCUUCGCCGUAUGUCAAAAAUACCUAACGGGGCACCCUAAAGGGGCCGCCGCAGCGUGGAUGUUAAACGGAUGCUGUCAAAUCCUAGACACCGGCCACGUCCCCGGGAACCGUAACGCGGAUAACAUCGACACCGCUUUAUCCCCUUUCGAAAACCUAGUUUUCCCCAACCGGACUAUAAAUAUAGGAGAAGUAAACGCGUUCAGCGUGACGAGUUUCGGGUUCGGGCAGAAGGGUGCGCAGGCGCUUGGUGUGCAUCCGAAGUAUGUGUUUGCUACUAUCGGGGAGCGGAGGUAUGGGGAGUAUUGUCGAUUACGGGAAAAUCGGUAUUUUAGGGCGAAGCAGCAUUUUCAGAAUACGUUUUAUGGGGGACGCAUGGUGGUGCUGAAGGAUGAGGCGCCGUAUCCGAAGGCGAAGCAGUUUGAGGCUUUGGUUGAUGCGUCGGCGAGGUUUGGGUAGAGGGUAGUGUUCUUACUCCUUUAGACGCAAUUUUUUUCUCACUCGGACGUUAGGGCGUUUAUUCUGAGUACAGUCUAGACAUGAAGAUAUAGAUAUACGUAUAUAGUUGGAAAGCAUUAAUUCUUUUUAGUUUCGCAUUCGAAAAUUUUCUAUCAAUCGAUUUACUGGAUUAUAUCAGAUCUUACCAAUACUUCAUUCAGACUACUUGAGAUAGCCACAAUGCCCCUAUUCCCAUAUUUUUAGUUAGUACGGUAGAUCAUUAUUCA